AUGCGGUUCCCGCCGGCGCCGCCGCCCUCCUUGCGCGCUCGGCUGCCCGGAGCUGGAGCGGGAAGGGGAGCGGGAACGGGAUCCCGUUCCCGUUGGGAAGGCGGGCGCUCCCGGGUUGUCCCACCGCCCCCUUGCCCCUGGGCGCUGCUCCUGCUGCUGCUCCUGCUGCUCCUGCUGCUGCUGGCGGUGCCCUCCGCCCGCUCCGCGCGGCCCUCCCGCGCCCUUUACACCAACCAUUGGGCGGUGCAGGUGGUCGGAGGGACCCCCGAAGCCGACAGGGUCGCCGCGGCUCACGGCUACAUCAACCUGGGCCAGAUUGGAAACCUGGAGAACUACUAUCAUUUCUAUCACAGCAAAACCUUUAAAAGAUCAACGUUCAGUAGUCGAGGAAUCCACACCUUCCUCAGAAUGGAUCCAAAGGUGAAAUGGCUCCAGCAACAAGAAGUUAAACGCAGGGUGAAGAGACACAUUCGAAAUGAGCCCCAUUCCCUCUAUUUCAAUGACCCGAUCUGGUCCAAUAUGUGGUACAUGCAUUGUGGUGAUAGGAGCAGUCGUUGCCGAACUGAAAUGAAUGUUCCAGCAGCGUGGAAGAGAGGAUAUACAGGGAAAAAUGUGGUAGUGACCAUUCUUGAUGAUGGAAUAGAGAAGAAUCACCCAGAUCUGGCACCAAACUACGAUCCCUACGCAAGCUAUGAUGUCAAUGGAAAUGAUUAUGACCCAUCUCCACGCUAUGAUGCCAGUAAUGAAAAUAAACAUGGCACACGGUGUGCUGGGGAAGUUGCUGCUUCAGCAAACAACUCCUACUGCAUAGUGGGCAUUGCAUAUAAUGCAAAAAUUGGAGGCAUUCGUAUGUUAGAUGGCGAUGUAACAGAUGUUGUUGAAGCGAAGUCACUUGGCAUCAGACCCGAUUACAUUGACAUUUACAGCGCGAGCUGGGGGCCAGAUGACGAUGGGAGAACGGUUGAUGGGCCCGGUCGGUUGGCCAAACAGGCUUUUGAGUAUGGCAUUCAAAAGGGUCGUGGGGGUUUGGGCUCCAUUUUUGUUUGGGCUUCGGGAAAUGGAGGACGAGAAGGAGACUACUGUUCCUGUGAUGGUUAUACCAACAGCGUUUACACUAUCUCCGUUAGCAGUACCACCGAGAAUGGUUACAAACCUUGGUACUUAGAGGAGUGUGCAUCCACCCUGGCUACAACCUACAGCAGCGGAGCAUUUUAUGAGAGGAAAAUUGUAACGACCGACUUACGCCAGCGCUGUACGGACGGACACACGGGGACCUCAGUGUCUGCUCCCAUGGUAGCAGGCAUCAUCGCAUUGGCUCUAGAAGCAAACAGCCAAUUAACCUGGAGGGACGUUCAACAUCUACUUGUGAAAACCUCCAGGCCGGCUCAUCUGAAAACAAGUGACUGGAAAAUAAAUGGAGCAGGUCGGAAAGUUAGCCAUCUCUAUGGAUUUGGCUUGGUGGAUGCUGAAGGUAUUGUUGUUGAAGCUAAGAAAUGGAGAGCAGUACCAUCUCAGCACACAUGCAUUGGAACCUCAGAUAAAAGACCCAGGAUCAUUCCGAUUGAGCAGACUGUACGGACAACCACUCUCACCAAUGCCUGUGCAGAGCAUUACGACCAGCAUGUGGUUUACCUAGAACAUGUGGUGGUUCGACUAUCUAUGUCACACCCCCGACGAGGAGAUCUUCAGAUUCAUCUGAUUUCUCCCUCAGGAACAAAGUCUCAACUUUUGGCAAGGAGAUCACUUGAUAUUUCAAAUGAAGGCUUUACCAACUGGGAAUUCAUGACUGUCCACUGCUGGGGAGAAAAAGCUGAAGGAGAAUGGACUUUGGAAAUUCAUGACAUGCCAUCCCAGGCCCGUAAUCCCGAGAAGCAAGGGAAAUUGAAAGAGUGGAGUCUCAUUUUAUACGGCACGGCUGAGCACCCUUACAACACGUUCAGUUCCCAUCAGUCGCGGUCAAGAAUGCUGGAGAUUUCAACGUCUGAACUGGAACCAUCCAAAAUCGCUUUGUUCCAUAGUCAGAUGGAGGUCCCGGACGAUGAGGAUGAUUACACAGCUCCUUCCAUCCAAGGCUCUUCUAAUAUUUUACAGACAAGUCCAUGUCAUCCGGAGUGUGGCGACAAAGGAUGUGAUGGACCCAAUGCCAACCAGUGCUUAAACUGCAUCCAUUUCAGUCUUGGUGGUGUCAAAACUGUCAGGAAGUGUGUGAAUGUUUGCCCUCCAGGGUACUUUGGCGAUGCUACUUCAAGAAGGUGUCGAAGGUGUCAUAGAGGAUGCGAGACCUGCACGGGCAGGAGUCAGAACCAGUGCUUGUCUUGUCGCCGAGGUUUUUACCACCACCAAGACACACACUCCUGUGUGAACAUGUGUCCCGCUGGAUUUUACUCCAACGAAAGUCAGAAAUAUUGCCUAAGAUGUCAUCCAAGUUGUAAAAAAUGUGUUGGUGAGCCUGAGAAAUGUACUGUCUGCAAAGAGGGUUUCAGCCUGGCAGGAGUUCGAUGUAUCCCAGACUGUGAACCGGGGACAUACUUCAACUCUGCUUUGAUCGAAUGUGGGAAGUGCCAUUCAACAUGCCAUACCUGUGUAGGGCCAAGCAGAGAAGAAUGUAUCCAUUGUGCCAAAAAUUUCCACUUCCAUGACUGGAAAUGUGUCCCUGCCUGCAGUGAGGGAUUUUACCCUGAGGAGAUGCCAGGUUUACCUCAUAAAGUGUGCAGAAGGUGUGAAGAAAACUGUCUGAGUUGUGAAGGCUCCAGCAAGAACUGUGUCAAAUGUAAAGAAGGCUAUGCGCAGCUUGGGGGCUCAUGUAUAACAAACCACACUUGCAGCAAUGCUGAUGAGAUGUUUUGUGAGAUGGUGAAAUCAAACAAGCUCUGUGAGAGGAAGCUCUUCAUUCAGUUUUGCUGUCGGACAUGCCUUCUGACUGGAUAGAGAAGAAAAGCCUCUAAAUUGAAAAGGCAAAGCAUCCCUGCAGUCCAGUCUUGCCAAACCUUGAGGACGAAAUCUUUUUCAGCUUUGGGAGAGUUUUCAAGUGGUGCAAUUGAGUUAGUAAAUUUGACAGGUUUAAUCUCAACAUAAAUUUGCUUCUCCAAGCAAUGUGGCUAAUGGUGUUAAGCCUAGGUGGAGCGAUAGUACUAUAUGGAGGAAAAUGUCCAACGGAUACUUUUUUUUAUGAUGAUACUAAUUGUCAAACAUUGCUCCUGAUUUGGGAUGGGUGUGUGACCAAACACCUGGCCUUGUUAGUUAGCCAAAACAUUUUGACAAGUGAAAGAUGGAAGCCCAGAGAAUAGAGAAUUGUUGCUGAGGACUCGUAGCGGCAUCUAAGAAUGUGUGUUGUCAGCAUCUCUUUAACCAAAGUGGGAAGGGGAGAAGCUUGGAAUGAACGAUUGCUUUUCUGUUUGUACUAUCGUGCGGCAGUGUCACAAAUCUACAAAGGACAAAAACAAUCAACUACUUUUUUUUUUAUUCUGUCCAUAUAAAAUGAAGGAUUUGGGGAAUUCAUCUUCCACAUUAGAAACAAAAUAUUCAUGUUGGUGAUUUUGUCAGACCACGAAUAGUCUAUUUUGGGCCAUAAAUCUGGUGACCACUGGGGAUGCAGUGUUCAUUUCCAUUUAGCAAAUAUUUACUUAUGUUCUAAACCUGCUGUAAAUUGUAAAUUUAAUCCAGAAGCGGGGACAGUAAAUGCUUCCUUACUCUGCAAAAGUCUUCAUUAAAACAGAUGGUAAUCCCAUAUUAUUUAUACUUUAUAGGUUCCUUAUCUUAGUUUUUGUGUUUUCAUUUUGAUUAAUGCAAUUGGAUUAAUACCAGCUCACCGACAAAACCACUUCCUGAUGAUAAUGGCAGAUUUGGAGGCCACCUCUUCCAAAGACAUUCCAAUCAGUAAGCCAAGAAAAGCCUGAAUUACACAGAGCAGUACUAUUAAACAAAUAGAAAUAGAGUCAAUAUAUUUUUAAUAAUGUUGCUUGGUGUUUUAUGGAAUUGUUUUUUAAAAAAUUAUUUGGCACUGUUUAAGUUAUACGGUCAGCUGAAUUUUUUUUCCAGAAAGUCUGUUGUAAAGGAGAAUGAACAUGUUUCUUAUCUGUAUGUUUUGUGGACCUGUAUGACAGACAGAUUAUUCCUUUAAACGUUCGUUAACAUCUUAUUUUGUAAACUGCAUUUUCUAAGUUUUCCCCAUGUUAAUUAUUUUGAGAAAUAUUUCAUUUUUCUAGUGAAGUGCACAAAUCUGCUUCGUCAGCUUCCUAUAAUGUGGGAAUAGCAAGUUUUUUAUUUAAACUUAAAUUUGCUUUGAACAUUAUUAAACAUUGUUUCUCCCCA